AUGAAACUAUUAAUUAGUUUAGCUAUCGCCCUAUUUUUGUGCGAACAUUCAUCCCUCGUAACCUGUAGUAUAGGAGACAGGUCGAUGGUAUACAGGAAUUGCUUGAAUCGAUUCGAAAGAGAAAACUGUACUGACAAUGGUGUUUUAUUUAAAAGCAAUACUCAAUAUAAGCAGGACUAUUGGAGUAGGGUGUUACAAUGGUCCUGUAGGGAUGAGUGUCGCUACCAGUGUAUGUGGGUCACUGUGGAUGUCUUCCAUAAAAAUGGAGAUGAUACUCCCAAGUUUCAUGGCAAGUGGCCAUUCAUAAGGAUGUUUGGGAUGCAAGAACCAGCAUCAGCCUUUGCAUCCAUACUGAACUUAGCAGCCAAUGCAUAUAUGUUCAAGCAAUUACAGCAAUUGCGCAUCUCAAAAGCUAAUCUCAAACCUUUUGUUAUAUUCUGGAAGAUGUUUGCAAUGGUGUGUAUGAAUGCAUGGGUAUGGUCUACAAUAUUCCACAUGAGAGACACGGAUUUUACGGAGUUCAUGGACUAUGCGUGUGCGCUCUCUAUGGUCAUGGGGCUGUUAGUCGCUGCGAUAGUGCGGGUGUUCUACAUGCGGAAUAAAGUAAUGAUGCUGGUGGCGCUGUCGCUGCCGGUGUUCUACUUCGUGAUGCACGUGCGGUACUUGUACUCCGGAUUUAUAAACUACGACUACAAUAUGAAAGUCAAUGUUUUCUUCGGAGCACUUGGGUCAGUGAUCUGGCUGGUACUGUCCUGGCACCAGUGGACGUUACGGCGGCGGUACGCGUGGCGUAUGAUGGCGUUCACGUUGCUGUCUGGCGCGGCGCUCAGUCUGGAACUGUUUGACUUCCCGCCCAGACACGGUGUCUGGGACGCACACGCGCUCUGGCAUUUAAGCACGGCGCCUUUACCAGUGUUAUUUUAUAGUUACGUGAUAGCUGAUCUACGGUACGUGGCAUCAAGUGAAUUGGACAAGUUUGCUUUUAAGAUGACGUGA